AUGUCACCAUACAAAGGACAUCUUCUCCCUUCUUCAAAUUACUCCUCAAAAUGUCUUGCCCCAACAGCUCUCCCGCUACUAACUCGUUUUUAGUAGAUUCUCUGAUAAGUGCGUGUAGAGGCGAUAAUUUCUAUUCAAACAGCCCCAUGUACAUGCAAUCGAGCACAGAUAUGGGAACUUACGGAAUGCAGACCUGUGGACUGCUCCCGACAAUGACUAAACGAGGAGAGAUUUGUCACCCAAAUAUGACUAUGAGUGUUCAUCCGUAUUUAUCUCAGGUAGAUGGCUGGGCUGACCCUUCGAGACCAUGCCGAAUUGAGCAACCUGUUACUCCGCAGAUGCCCACGUGUUCUUUCCCUGCUAGCGUGAAGGAAGAAAGUACUUGCUGCAUGUAUAAUUCUGAUAAACGAGCUAAAGUCACUUCUUCAGAAAUUCCCGGUUAUCACAGGCUGAUCCCUGAGACCUGCUCUAUUGAUAAUCCUGAGAUUCCCAUCCCUGGAUAUUUCAGACUUUGCCAAGCUUACCCGGUGGAGAAAAACCUGGACUAUGGCAAUGUUGCAGAUAUCAGUUCAAAUGUGGUGCCGCAGUCGGCCCUGGGGUUUGUCAGCAAACCUCAGGUGGCCAGCCAGUCUGCAGUGGACAGGAAAAUAACUGAGAAGCCAAACGCACAGGAUUCCACCAAAGGAAAACCUCUGAAAAGUCCUGAGCCAAAGCUCAGUUCACUGGAGGCCAGUGCGGCUGCUGAAGGAGUCGCUUCAGACUCAGAAGUGUCGGACAAAGAGACUAAAGAGGAUACCACGACUAAGGCUGCGACGGGCAAUUGGCUAACGGCAAAGACUGGAAGAAAGAAGAGAUGUCCUUACACAAAAUACCAAACACUGGAAUUGGAGAAGGAAUUUUUAUUCAAUAUGUAUCUGACUCGUGAGCGCCGUCUAGAGAUAAGUAAGAGCGUCAAUCUGACCGACCGACAAGUGAAGAUCUGGUUUCAAAACCGGAGAAUGAAACUGAAGAAAAUGAGCAGAGAAAACCGAAUCCGAGAACUGACCGCCAACCUGACCUUUUCGUGAGCCAAUCAAAUGUUUUGGGGAACGGAAUACAACGCGUUUAGUGCUGCAGUGGUUUACCGGAGACUGUGGAAAUCGUUAUGCAUUAGACCCAGUCUGGGUUACAGUACUGCCCAUUACUUUGAUAAUGUCUCUCUUUCAAUGUUGUCUGAAAACACAGUAGCACGUUUACCUUAUCAAGAAUGUUGCUUUUUUUAAAAAAAAACUGUCUUAUUUAACACAGGGUUAAUUAUUUACUUUAAUUUAGUCAGUAGGUUUUAAGUUAUUCGUGCAAUUUUUUUUUUUGGGGGGGGAAAGAGUUGACUGUACACAAUGCUAGAAAUUCUCAUUUAGCAAAAUUAUGAUUCGUCAAAAAGAACAUUUAUCUGGUAAUUACAGAUCAGAUAGACGUCCCACUGCUAAUGUGAACAAUUAACAGAAGCGCAUCUUUUUAAUUGUUAAAUACAGAGCUACACCUUUUAAAAAAAUCCCUUAUACAAUUAUAGCGGUCAGAUCAUUAGGUUUGUGAAGGUACAUUUCUGGAGUAUGUGAUGGAAUAGCGAUGCUAAAUUUCAUGUGUAUUUAUGUGCAUGUGUCUGUUGCACGAAUAUAUAAUAAAUCC